AUGGAACACAGUGAAAUUGAAGAUCUAGCACGUCUCACAAACUCCAACGCAUUAACCAAUUUCGUCCCAACAACCCACCACGAUACCUACCCCUUCAUCACACCAACAGGAACAGAACUCGCCUCGAAAUCUAUUCUCAUUACGGGUGCAUCACGAGGUCUUGGACGUGACACAGCUAUUAGAUGCACCAAAGCAGGCUGUGCGAGAAUCGCACUUGCAGCUCGUUCCUCGCUAGAAGGUGUCGUGAGAGAAAUCGAAGAAACCGCCCGCGAGGCCGGUAUCACACCUCCUCAGAUUCUCCCCUUGCAGGUGGACGUCACAUCAGAUGAAUCCGUUCGGGCUGCUGCAGGGGCAGUAGAAGAAGCGUUUGGAGGAAGACUGGAUAUCCUGGUUAAUAAUGCGGGGUAUUUGGUUGAAUUCAACAAACCAGUACACGAAAUCGAUCCGGCGGAAUGGUGGAAGGCGUGGGAAGUCAACGUGAAGGGAACAUUUCUUUGCUGUCACUACUUCAUCCCGCUGCUUUUGAAGGCAUACACUCGGAUCGUCAUCAAUAUGUCUUCUCUAGCAGCGAACUGCUUGACGUACGGCGCAUCGGCGUACCAGGCAUCGCGAUUCGCUAACUGCCGGCUCUCCGAGUUCAUAGCCCGGGACUAUGAGAGUCAGAAUCUUAUCUGUAUCACUCUGCAUCCUGGUACUGUGAAGACAGACAUGGCUGAUAAUUUCCCGGAGUAUUUGCAAUUUCUGUUAAUUGAUAAGGCGAAUCUUUCUGCUGAUACGGUUGUUUGGUUAUGUUCGCAGCGGAGGGAGUGGUUGAAUGGUCGAUUUGUUGUUGGGAAUUGGGAUAUGGAGGAGUUGGAGGGGAAGCAAAGUGAGAUUGUGGAAAGGGAUCUUUUCAAGUAUCGUAUAACUAUAUAA